UUACGUCAUAAGCACGGGACAAAAUAUACGUUGACCGAUUUAAACGUUAAAGGCACGCCUCCCUAGACUCCGAGAUGUUUUCUGGUCUUUACAAUUUUAAUUUGUAAAAUCACACUUUUUUUCAAGACGUAUUUGGUCUAACAGUCUAACAACGGAACCUGCAGAUACGGUUAUGUCUUCGUCAAGAGAAGAAACGUUGUCCCCGGACGAGCUGAGGAGAAGACUUUAUCAAACCUUUAAAAAUAAAGGAGUGCUAGACACGCUCAAAACUCAACUGCGAAAUCAGCUCAUCCAUGAGCUAAAACAACCACAUUUGUCAGGAGGAGAACCAGUUCCCAGGCUAGUACCCGUAAAGUCUGAAGCUCUUUUGGUGUCAGCCUGCAACAGCAUAGUGGCUGAUCACCUGCGUACCUCGGGUUAUGAGUACAGCCUUUCUGUGUUCUACCCCGAAAGUGGACUGCAGAAAGAACAGGUUUUCACAAAGGAGGAUCUUCUUCAGCUACUUAAAUUAAGUCCCGAAUCAGCGCUUUACAGAUCCCUGUCUUCAAAUAAAGAUAACAAAGGUAAAGGGUUCCUGAUCAGCCUUCUGACACAGCUAACACACCACUAUACUCACAACAUGUAUCACGAUGCUGACACACAGACAACCACCACAGCAAGUUGUGGAGAAUCAAUUGUUGAGAAAAUGAAAACGAUUGAUAAGGAAUAUGAGAAUUUCAGUCACAGUGGGGACAAAUGGUUUUCUAUGGAAUCAAAACUGGCUGCUUACAAAAAACACGUUGAAACACAGAUGGAAGCAGAAAUGAACACAAAGAUGGAGCAUUUUAAAGAUUUUGAUAUUGCCAAGGUGAGGAUGGAAGAAAAAAAGAAAUUUCAUAAUGAAUUUGAAAAGCUGAAGAAAGACCUAGAGAGGAGUUAUGAAAUGAAGGCAAAGGCAUUGAUGGACCGAGAAAAAAAUGCCAUUGACAGGUUACAAAAGCAACAAGAGAUUGAGGAGAAAAAUGUUUAUAUGCAGAGACAGUCACUACUGAAAGAAAUUGAAACACUGCGAAACAGAGAAAAUGAGCUAAGGAUGAGAAUGGAGGCUUUUGAGAAGACUUGUCAAAUUCAUGAGGAGAAGGUCAAGACUAGUGAAGAACUCUUGAGAAGAAGAGAACUGGCAGUGACGACUAUGGAAGACACGUAUGAUCAAAAGUUGAAAAAUGAACUUUCCAGGUAUCAGCUGGAGCUGAAGGAGGACUUCAUCAGGCGAACCGAGAAACUAACUGAGAGUGAGAACAAAAACAAAGUGGAAACUGCUCGUAUCCUAAAAGAGUCUACUGCACUUGAUGCCAAACUGCAGGAGCACAUUAAAGCGUGUUCAGAGGUGAAGCGGUUGCAGGUUGAGCUGGAUACGGCACAUCAGCAGAUUUCUCUACUGAGUCAACAGAAAGAGCUGCUAAGAGAGAGAACAGACAACAUGAGUGACUAUCCAAGUUUAAAAAGGGAGAAGACGGAACUGCAGGGGCAGCUGCGACUGAUGAAGAAACAGUUGGAAGAGGCUCAAGAGGAGAAUCGAUUUCUCCAUGCGGAUUUGGGAAAACCUUCCAAAGAGCAUCUGGCCUUGCAGAUGGAGCUUCGCAGGCUUCAGAGCGCUCGCCAACUCGACGAGGAAGAGUUUGAAAACCAGAAACAGGUGCUGCAGGCACAGCUCCAGUGUGAGGUGGAGCGAUGCACUCAGCUCAAGGCUCAGCUAAAAGAAUGUGAAGAGAAGUCACAGUGGAUGACGAACCAUGUGGAGGACAUCAAAAUGCAGCUUUUCCAAACUCAACAAGCUCUUGAAAAUGAAGUGUUGCGUAACCCCAAACCUUCUCUUGUUGACCGCUCCAUGUUGGACCUCAGUCCAGACAAGCUUGUACCCCCUGACAUCUAUGUGGACAGGGCUCUGCUGAGACCCAGGGUGGGUUAUGAUGAUGAUGACAGACUUUCUGGAGCAGGUCUCUUGCGGGGACACAAGCCACAGUGGAGUGACUCUGUAGGCUCUGAUGUGGAGCUGGUGGCUGAAGCUAAGGCACGGAUCCAGGAGCUGCAGAAGGAGGCGGAGACCUUGGAAGAAGCUUACAGGAACUACCAGCAGAGGGCAGUGCGCUCCACUGUCUCUCACAUUUUUCCUGCAGGACCCCUUUCCCCACAGCAAGCAGAGUCCCCAAGAAAAGCAGUUACUCACUCUUCAUAUUCCCAUUCAACCCAUAAAUCAAAGUUCUCACACAAACCACGUCCCCAAACUACCAGAAUCCCCAUCUCAGAAUACAGUGGACCCAACAAUAUCAUUCCCCACACACAGCCAAAAGUUACCUUCUCUGAGGACCGUACACAACCCAAGUCCACAAUUUUCACUGACUACAGCAUCCAUUCAUUGGCUGAGCCUCUGUUUUUAGAAGAGGACAUCCCUCAGGAUGAAAGCGUUGCUGUAUCCAGACGUCUGUCCUCCACACCUCAGUCCUUCUCAAGGAGAACGACUCAAACAGAGAUCAGAAAAGAAGCAGUUGUGUCUCCAGCAUCAUUCCCAGAGCUGUGGCCUGACAAACAGCACCAACAUGGCCCCCAUGAUGAGGCGGCGGCCGAGGGUGACUUUCCUACAGACCUCAGUCCACCUCACAGUCCUCAGCUGAAGAGCACAGCUCGAGACCAGUGCAGUCCCCCAAAUAUACAGCAUGUCUUCUCCAGUUCAGAGUCUUCACCACAGCCUGAGAAGAUAAACCUUGAAGAUCUCACAGAGAUUGUGCCAGAGCCCAGCCACAUUCCAGAGCUUCUCCUGGACACUGCUGUCCCUCUCUCUGUGGAGGCCCCUGAUGGCCCUGCUGCCCCCCGCCCACAAGACCUCCCCGAAGACCCGAAAGAGUUGCGGGGCCGGGCUGAAGUAUCACAAACCUCAGUGGAAACUCCUGGGACAGAAGAGGAUGAAGAGCAGAGGUGGGAACUAGAGCGAAAAGAAAGACAAGAACGAAGGCAGCGAGAGCAAGAGGAAGCAAGAGAGAGGGAGCUGCAAGAACUCCAAAGACUGGAACAAGAGAUGCUUUUGCAAGAGGGGGGGCAACCAGGGCAGGAGGAAGGAGAAUGUGGAGUUCUGAAAAAACUAGAGGAGCCAAAGGAGGAAAGGGAGGAGGCUCCUCAGGAGUCUCCCAAGGAGGCUGGAGAUGAAGAACACAAGUCUAAAGAUGAAAAUCCACUGGAGAAAUACAUGAAAAUGGUUCUGGAAGCAAGAGAGAAGCAACAAGUGCAGAGUCUAGAGAGAGAAGAGGCAGGACACACAAGCCCAGAAGCCAAGAGUUUGUCUGAGGAGAAAGAAAACAGCUUUGCAGCGUCUUCACACAAGGAUGAAGAUGAUGAUUUCUGGUGACCUGCACGUUCCAGAGUCUUUCAUGAGUGGAUGAAUUUUAAAAGUCACUUUAGUGCCAGUACAAAGCUUUUCAUUAUGUAUGUUUUAUAUACACUGCAUAUGAAUCAAUAAAGACUAAUGUGUUUUAAUGACUUCACAUACAAUACAAGAAUAGAUCACAAUAAAGAUGUUUUAUUGUUUUUAUUUUAUAAUAAAAAAACAGUCAACAGGC